CGCUGCUGCCUAUGCUCUUGUCGCACUGUUGCUUCUGUUUAAAGAUUAGCGUGAGCUUGAUUCUUACGUUCCCUUAAAAGUUGGUAAACGUGUGCUGCUGGCUAGAGAGGAAAGCGUUUUUGUCGUUAUUACGUCAUAACAUCGACAGAUUUGUUUCGAACUUAAAAUAAACCGUGACUGACCAAACAAAAUCAAAUGAUUAGUUAAUAAGUUGGACGUAAGUUGAUAUUUCUCUAUCACGAAGCCAUUAUUUAUUAUAUUUAGAUCCGUAUAUUUAUUUAGUUUUACUCUUCCGGUGAUUGUGACAAUGUGUUGGAAACAGUAUUGUUGAAAAUUUCACUCUGCUCUGCUGUUACGAACUCUAGCUAAAGAAACAAUAAAACGCUGUUGAGAUAUUCGUAGUAAUGUCAGUGUUAUGUUGUAGCAUAAAGUGUCGAGAUAGGAAAUAAGAGUUUUAACAGAUCGCGAAAGGAAUUAUACAUGAAAACCUCGUUAGCUUUUAUGAGAGAUGAUCAUGAAUACAGUCUUAGUGAGUCAAUGUGAAAGAUGAUCAAGACAGCGAUGUCCACUGAAGCUAAUCGCACGUUAUCCAACUGGAAUACCACAAUAUGGUCUCGAGGUAACGUGUUGGUUGACCAAGAUGAUUUUGAGACGGAAGGAUCUAUGCGACACCUGUCUACAUUAAAUCAGGUUCUUAUAAGUUUCUUAUGUGUUUUUGGCGUUGGAGCAAAUAUCUGUUCCUUAGUCCUUUUAAAACGAGCGGAAACUCCCCGAAAUCGAAAACAGACCUUGAUGGUCCGGUGUUUGAUCUGGAACGAUCUUUUGGCUCUGGUCGGAUCUUUCCUUCUCAUGCAUAUGCAGCUUUAUCUUUGGCCAGAAGAGCUGGUUAUUCCUCGAUGGUUCUGUAUCCUUCGGGUCCUUCUCCGAGCCUUCGGCCUGUCCUCCGGCAGUGUGGCUACAGUGAUGGCUGUUGAAAGAUGCUUAGCUCUCACUAGACCGUUCUUCUACCAAAAGCACAUUACCCAAAAGACGAUAAAAGUGGCGAUCGGAUCAUUUUGGGCUGUCUCGUUGCUCAUGGUGUGUUUACCAUUCAUGGGAUUCGGACUGUAUUACGACAGCAACGCCCCGACGCGGCGUUAUACAUGUGCUCGCUACCGUUUUGCCACGAAAACGGUGGACAUUGCUUACGCUUACUUCAUGUUUAUUUUUGGCAUGGUUAUGUGUGUGGUCAUCGUCAUUUGUAACCUCACAGUGGUCACUGUUCUUAGUAAAGUAGGGAAGACCACCAAAGGUCGUAUAAGGCGGACGACGAUUUCUAGAAACAGCCGAGAGCUUUUCUUCAAUCAUACCACUCAAGAAGAAAUUUCUUUUGCGAAGUUAAUGGUGGUUUUAUGUGUGUCCUUCCUGGCUUGCUGGGUUCCUCUGAUGUUGACCAUCAUAACGGCCCAGCUGGAUCAAGGACGAAAACAUAAAGUAUUCUACAGAGUUGCUGAUAUCUGCAUGGCUCUGAACUUUAUCCUCGAUCCAGUGAUCUACGUUCUCUCAAGAAGACCACACAGGCGGGACCUGAGGAGCUUAAUGAAACCAUUUUGUCUCGAUUGCUUUCCCCAAAUAGAAUGGAUAACCAGCAAUGGGUCUAGAGCGUCUCAGAGGAAUAGUGGCUUCCCUUGGAACUUUGGUAUGUCUGCCACCAACUUCAAGUCUUACCAGGAUGAGAUGCCUAAACGUCUUUGUGCUGAAGAGAAACACGAAGAAGAUAAACCAAACACUGACUUACAUUGCGAUGAGCUCAUUUGCCGAGAAAAUCAAACAGGACAAGGCCAGUUUGAUGCAACACUGGAUCAAGGUCCAACUACAGAUGAAUCCAGAAUUCCAAUGACAGGUUGUCAACAUACGUUUUGUGAUCCUAUUGUGGUUCAGAUAAGAAUACAAGACGGUUGCAGCCCGUCUGUCAGUUUGUGGAACAAUGGAAAGAAAGAGUGGUCCGAAUCCACCAGAGGGCAAUGGUCAUGCUGCAAGAUUAACCGCUGCAAAAAGUUUCUGAGCGACAACUACACAUCUGUGGAGAGAAUUCCUGCACAUGAAAAUAUGAGCGGCGUAUCAGUAAAUUCGCAUUAUGUUUCUCAUUCCCUUCCAGAACCUACUUGUUUACGGGACUCAGUUAACCCUUACCCUCCAGAUUCUCCCAGUAGAGGGGCUUUAGUCACUGAAUAUACCAGGGACACUCGCACUCUGUGUACCUUAACUAUUCACCACAACGUUAAUUCCUCCCCAGGAAAUUCAAAUAAUCAUUAUUUAUCAGAUCCUUCUGGUCUAGAGUCUUCAACCAGUCAUCGCCACCUAGAACCUCCUAGACUGAGGUCCUCAACUGUUAAUCAACCCUCUGAUCAUAUUAGGCUGUGGGCCUCAAUCUUUGACCACCAUUCAGAACCUAAGAGACUGGAGUCCUCAACUAUUGACCAACAUUCAGGACGAUCAAGGUCGGGGUCUUUAGUCAUUGACUACCAUUCCGAACCUAUUAGACUGAGAUCCUCAAUAAAUGACCACUACUCAGAAUGUAGGGGGUUCUUGGUUAGUGGUCAAUGUUCGGAAUGUACAAGGCUGAGAUCUUCAACAAAUUACCACUGCUCAGAAUGUAGGGGAUUCUCAGCCAGUGGUUACUAUUCAGAAUGUACAAGGCUGAGAUCUUCAACAAAUGAUCACUGCUCAGAAUGUAGGGGGUUCUCAGCCAGUGGUCACUAUUCAGAAUGUACAAGGCUUGGGUCCUCAACUGUUGACCACAGCUCAGAACAUACAAAGCUGAAAUCCUCAACCAGUGACUCCCAACCAAAAUUUACCAGGCUGAGGUCCUCCACCAUUGGCAACCACUCAGAGUAUACAAGAUUGAAGUUGUUAACCAGUGAUGAUGCUUCAGAACAUCAAACGUUUUCUACUCCUCGGAAUCUCCUAUUUCGAAAACUCCACCAUAUUACCACCACUUAGAGAUAUUUUAAGAAAUAUUCUCGCUUAUAGCUAAUGAAAACCAAGAGUAUGAUGCCCUUACAUUUCUAGCGCUAUUUCAAACUUUCCAGUAUAUAAUUCUCAACCAGUCUUUACCAACCAUAUAUCUUUUCCUACUAGUAUCCUGAACUUUCACCGUAUUUUAGAACUUUCGAAUUUACAGAGAGACAUAAAAGUUACUUCACUUCACAAUCUUUAAGAACCAAACAACGGUAAGAAACACUUAUCUGAAAUCCACAGAAAACUUGCCUUUAGCAGUGGUCUAACACUCAUACUUAGAAAGCGGAUUCUAAAACCAAAGAUUAUUACAAUCCGCUUUACUCCAGAGUAAAAGUUUAUAAUCCCCCGCAUUCAGUCUUAACCUUCCGUUCUCACGCGUAUUGUAACUUUCCUCCAGCCGAUUCAAAAUUAGAACCAAAAUAGGUCUUUUUAUCCACAGUUUUCGCUACAAAAUUUCUGUUGAGGACCUUGGUCCUUUUACAGCAGAAUGAUUCUUAAAUAGACAGAUUGCGGGCAAUUUAGAAUUGCUUAUUAGUUAUUUAUUGUCUUAAUUUCAUUAUUCAGCUAUAUAAUCACAUUUUCCCUUUUUUUUUCCCCAUAAAUUUUAAUGUAGCUAUAAUUGUUUAUACCACAAACAUACUUGUUAGACAAGUUUUGGGAAUAUACUACAGGUGUAAAGUGAACUAUCAGAGUUGUUUAAAUUCAUCUCCCAAAAUGCACUACAUAGCAGGAAAAAUCAUCAAAAUUAAAUUACCGAUAGAAGCUCCUCGGACAGUACAUGUCGGAAGAGAUCCGUCCUCUUUCGACCAUUCUGGCCUCAGCCAAGUGCCAAAGAGCGUUGUACUCCGCCCCCUUCAAGAGAAAAAUUCGUCCACUCAGUUUUCCGAACCUUGGCAUUUUUGCCAAAUUGGAAAAUUUUCAAUUAUUAAACUUGCUAUAAAUCUCUUAGAUAAUUAUUUUUCAUAAUCUAACGAUCCAUAAAUAUAAAGCCUAUUUUAUUUAUUGUCCCCAUUGUCUUAGCGGUAAGCUUGAUGUCUUUAUCGCUAAAAAUUAGGGUUCGAUACUCGUAGUGGGAGGGCACAGCGAAGAUUGCCUAUUGUAUAGUUUUGCGCUUAAAACCAUAAACAAACAAGUUAAUCACUUAUUUAACCAUCCUAAUGAUAGGCUAUCGUUCAAAUUGUAAAACUGCAAACAUCCAAUGUAAAGGCUUCAAUCAUUCAGAAUAAUUCAACAAUUUAUCUGUGAAUUUGUUCAAACUUUCUAAUAACUUCCAGUUUAUAGUCGCAAUCAAGUCAGCACUAAACAUAGUUUACUAGUUAGGUUCUGUAGAGGUCAUUUAAGUGUAAAGUUAACCAACUAAUGAAUAUGAAUAUAAUUUGUGUAAAACGUGUAAUCGUUUUAAUUUUUAACACCUUAAACACCUAUGAUUGUGUUGCGCAUGUGAUUUUGACAUUUACUCUCUUUGUUUGUUUAAUUUCGCGCAAAGCCACUCCAUGGUUAACUAUCUCUAAUUUAGCAGUGAUUGUCUAGAUGAAAGGAAACUAGACAACAACACCUAGAGCCAAUUCUUGUGUUACUCUUUUCCAAUGAAUAGUGAGAUUGACCAUCAUAUUAUACAACACCCCGGGACCUGGCAUGGCCUGGUGGUUAGGGCUCUCAAUUCGCAAUCUGCAGGUCGCGGGUUCAAACAUGUUAGUUAUUUUAGUCGUGGGGGGCAUGCUAAUGUGACGGUUAAUCUCACUACUUGUUGGUAAAGAGUAGCCCAAAAGUUGGCGGUGGGUGGUGUUGACUAGCUGCCUUCCCUCUAGUCUUUUCAUUGCUAAGUUAGGGACGGCUAGAGCA